GGGCCCUGGUGGGCGCCGUUGGGCUUCCUGGCUGCGUUGGGUUUUCCUGGGUGCAGCGAGCGGGAUGGCGGAGGAGGCGGCGGUGGCCGUGUGCGUGCGGGUGCGGCCGCUCAACAGCAGAGAAGAAGAACUUGGAGAAGACACCCACAUUUACUGGAAAACUGACAACAACGCUAUCUAUCAGACUGAUGGGGGUAGAUCCUUCAAUUUUGAUCGUGUCUUUCAUAGUAAUGAAACCACUGUAAACGUGUAUGAAGAAAUCGCAGUACCAAUCAUCAAUUCUGCCAUACAAGGCUACAAUGGUACUAUAUUUGCGUAUGGGCAAACUGCAUCAGGGAAAACACAUACUAUGAUGGGUUCUGAAGACUGUUUGGGAGUUAUACCCAGGGCCAUUCAUGACAUUUUCCAAAGGAUUAAGAAGUUUCCUGAGAGAGAAUUUCUCCUACGGGUGUCUUACAUGGAGAUCUACAAUGAAACCAUUACAGACUUACUUUGUAAUGCCCAAAAAAUGAAACCUUUGAUAAUUCGGGAAGACAUCAAUAGGAAUGUUUAUGUUGCUGAUCUCACAGAAGAAGUGGUUUAUACAGCAGAAAUGGCUUUGAAAUGGAUCACAACGGGAGAAAAGAACAGACAUUAUGGAAUAACCAAAAUGAACCAAAGAAGCAGUCGUUCCCAUACGAUUUUUAGGAUGAUUUUGGAAAGCAGGGAGAAAGGUGAAUCUUCCAAUUGUGAUGGAUCUAUCAAGGUGUCUCAUCUGAACUUGGUUGAUCUUGCUGGCAGUGAAAGAGCUGCUCAGACAGGAGCAGAAGGUGUGCGUCUCAAGGAAGGCUGUAAUAUAAACCGGAGCUUAUUUAUUUUGGGACAAGUGAUUAAGAGACUUAGUGAUGAACAGGUUGGUGGUUUCAUAAAUUACCGAGAUAGCAAAUUAACACGAAUUCUUCAGAAUUCCUUGGGAGGAAACGCGAAGACACGUAUCAUCUGCACGAUUACCCCAGCAUCCCUUGAUGAGACUCUGACCACGCUGCAGUUUGCCAGCACGGCCAAGUACAUGAAGAAUACUCCUUAUGUUAAUGAGGUGUCAAGUGAUGAAGCUCUUUUGAGAAGAUACAGAAAAGAAAUCGUCGAUCUUAAGAAACAAUUAGAGGAGGUAAACACAAAGACCCGGGCACAGGAAAUGGAAAAGGAUCAACUGGCCCAGCUUCUGGAUGAAAAAGACUUGCUUCAGAAAGUGCAGGAUGAGAAAAUUCAGAACCUGAAGCGGAUGCUGGUGACGUCAUCUUCUAUUGCAUUGCAGCAGGAGCUAAAGGUUAAAAAGAAACGAAGAGUUACUUGGUGCUAUGGCAAAAUGAACAAAAUGAAGGAUUCAAACUAUGUAAAUGAAUUUAAAAUCCCAACAAAUGUAACAACAAGAGCUCGUAAAACUUCUGUGACUCUUUUGGGAGAAAAUUCUCUAAUGAGAUUGGGAGAGAAUGAUGAAUCACUUUCUUGUGAGACGGAUCUGUUCAGCAACACUCUUGAGCCAUUGACUGAGGUAGAGUGGAGCUCAGCAACAAAGCUACUAAGUGAGGAAAACUUAGAAAGUGAGUUGAACUCACUUCAGGCUCAAUAUGAUGAUCUGGUAUUAGACUAUGAACAGAUAAGAAGAGACAAUGAAGAACUGAAAUUGAAAUUAAAAGAAAAACAUGACUUAGAGGAAUUUGAGGCUCUAGAAAAAAAAGCGGAGAAAGAUCAAGAGAUGCAACUAAUUCAUGAAAUUUCCAACUUAAAGAAUUUAGUUAAACAUGCAGAAGUAUAUAAUCAAGAUCUUGAGAAUGAAUUAAGUUCGAAAGUAGAGCUUCUUAAAGAAAAAGAGGACCAGAUUAAGGACCUGCAGAAAUACAUAGAUGCCCAGAAGGCAGAAAAGAUGAAAAUAGACCUGUCAUGCUCAUCAGAAACCACUGAAGAUUUAAAACAAGUGAUGCAGACUCUGUCUGAUAUGGAUGCUGUGGCCCUUGAUGCCAAGAGAGAGUCAGCCUUCCUUAGAAGUGAAAAUCUGGAACUAAAAGAGAAAAUUAAUGAACUUUCAGAUUCUUGUAAGCAAAUGCAAAAUGACAUUCAGCUGUAUGAGCGUCAACUGGAGGCUAAAAAGAAAAUGCAAGUUGAUCUGGACAAAGAAUUACAAUCUGCUUUUCAAGAAAUAUCGAAACUCACAGCCCUGGUCGACGGCAAAGGUUUACUGUCUAAUUUGGAACUGGAGAAAAGGAUUACUGAUCUCCAAAAAGAACUAAAUAAAGAGGUUGAAGAAAAAGAAACUUUGCAAAAAGAAGUUAACUUGCUCGUGGAACUGAAAUCUUUGCCGUCUGAGGUAGAAAUGCUGAGGAAAGAGCUGCAUGAGAAAUCUGAAGAGCUUUCUGUAAUAGCAACAGAAAGAGAAAAAUUGUUUUCUGAAGUAGCUCAAAAAGACAGUAGAAUUCAAGGUUUACUUGAAGAGAUUGGAAACGCGAAAGAUGACCUUGCAGCUUCCCAGCUGACUUACAAAGGCGAUGAUGAAGAAUGCCAGAGGCUGAGAAGCCUUCACCUGGCGCUUGAGCACGAAUAUGAAGUGGUACUGGAGGAGAGGGAGAGAAUGAAGCAGGAAAUAGGGAAUCUCUCUAAAGAAGCGGAAAGCCUUGGUUUAAGUUUGGAUUCCUUAAAGGCGGAGCUUUCUCACAAGUCUCAAGAGCUUGAGCAGAAAAGAAGCGAAGGUCAAGAGAGGCUAAAUGAGGUGGAGGAGCUGAGAGAACAGUUAAAAAGCAGAGAUUCCAGCCUGCAGUCUGUGGAGAAGGAGAAAACUCUGCUUACUGAGAAGCUUCAAGAAACACUGGAGGAAGUGAGAGCCCUAACCCAAGAAAAGGAAGAGCUAAAGCAGCUGCAAGCCAGCCUGCAGACGGAGAGGGACCAACUUAGAAGCGACAUCCAGGACACUGUGAACAUAAAUGUAGAUACUCAAGAACAGUUGCGAAAUGCUCUUGAGUCAUUGAAACAACACCAAGAAACUAUUAACAUGCUGAAAAUGAAAGCUGCUGAAGAAAUGUCCAAGACUUUGCAGAUAAAGGAUGGGGGAGAAGCUAGAAGUGAAGUUGAGCAAAAGAUGGCUGACAUGGUUGAAGAACAGAAUCUACUGGCUGAAAACACCCAAAUGUUGAUUGCAGGUAGUAAGGACAAUGACGUAACUGAGGAACAGAGGAAAAUAUGUUCUUUAAUGCAGGAGAAUAAUGGACUCCAACAAGCACUGGAAAGUGUUAUAGCAGAAAAGGAACAACUGAAGAUGGACCUGAAGGAAAAUAUCACAGUGAGUAUUGAAAACCAGGAAGAAUUAAGGAUUCUUAGAGAUGAACUUAAAAGGCAACAAGAGCUGGCUGUUCAGGAAAAAGAUCAUGCCACAGAGAAGAGUGAGGAGCUCUCCAGGGCACGUGAAAGAUUGGCAGAAGUAGAAGAAGAGUUAAAGGAAAAGAACCAGAAACUCCAAGAGAUAACACAGCAACUUCUAAGUACACAAGCGGAUAUGAGUAAGAUGCAGGAAAAGAUGAUUGAAAUGGAGAACUUAAAGAAUGAAUUUAAGAACCAAGGGUUGGCAUUGGAACGCAUGGAAACAGAGAGACUUGAGUUGGCUCAGAAGCUUAAUGAAAAUUAUGAGAAGACGAAAUCUAUAACUAAAGAAAGAAAUGAUCUAAAGGAAUUGCAGAAGUCAUUUGAAGUAGAAAGACAACAACUUAAAGAGUAUGCAAGAGAAAUCGAAGCUGCGGGCCUACAAACAAAAGAAGAACUAAACAUUGCUCACAUGAAACUAAAAGAGCACCAAGAAGUCAUCGAAGAGCUAAGAAGAAGCAUUUCUGAGAAAGAAGCUCAAACAGCCAGCACUCAGGACACAGAAAAGUCUGAUGCCAAGUUACAACAAAAGAUCCCAGUGCUGCAAGAGCUACUUCCUAAUGUGAGAGAAGCCACAGAGAGUUCAGGAAAGGAGAAUGAGCUGGAGACCCUGGAAGAGCACUCUGGAACAGUGGACUCUGCACCACCGGAGAGCAUAGAAACAGAAAGGCUUGGGCUCACCAGGAAACUUGAAGAAAGUCAGGAAGCAAUCAGCUGUCUCACCAAAGAGAGAGACGACCUGAAAAUAACACAAGAAGCACUUCAGGCCGAGUGUGCCCAGCUGAGAGAAGAGGCCAGAAAAACUUUAGCUAAGCAUCUAGAAACUGAAGAGGAACUUAACCUUGCUCAACGUUGCCUGAAAGAUCAAGAGAACAAAAUUGACACACUAAUAGUGAGCCUCUCCCAAAAAGAAACUGAGCUGUCAAGUAUUCAGGCACAACUAGAGUCAACCACUGAUGAACUAGAGAGAAAGGUUCAAGAGCUCUAUAAGAAACAGGAACAACUUAAUGUAAAAGAAACCAAUGAGGCUCAGGGGAAAAUGAAUGAACUAGACCAAGUCAAGGCGCUUCUCUUGGCCAAAGACUCGACACUACAGAGUAUAGAGAGUGACAGGCUCCAACUGAAUAAACAACUUGAAGAAAGUCAAGAGGAAAUAAAAGUUCUAAUUAGAGAAAGAGAAGAACUGAAAAGAACACAGGAGACUCUUCGUGUGGAAAGUGAGCAACAGAAAGAAAAGAUUCAAGAAAUUGGUGCUAAGCUCCAAGACCUUCAGGACAAAGAGUAUGAAUGUCUUAUGAUGAAGGCUAUUAAUGAGACUCAAGGAUAUAGAUGUGAAGUAGACCGCUUGAAUGAGCAGUUGGAGUCCCAGAAAUCAAGUCUGGAAAAAGUGGAAGCACAGAAAGUAAACUUGACUCAAAGACUUCAUGAAACCCUUGAAGAAAUGAGAUCUAUAGCGAAAGAAAGAGAUGAGCUUUGGAGUGUGGAGAAGCGCCUCACAGUAGAGAGAGACCAACUGAAGGAGAGCCUUGAAGAAACAGUAACCAGAAGCCAAGAACUCCAGGAAAAAAACCACCAACUUUCUCAAGUAGAAGCUGAUCUCAGGGAUACUAUGGAUCAAAUGGAGCAAUUGAAGAAGCAGCUAGAAGCCCAGAAUUCAACUCUGGAGAGCACAGAAAUAGAGAAGUUAAAAUUGACUCAACAACUUUAUGAAAACCUUGAAGAAAUAAGACUUGUCACUAAAGAGAAUGAUGGCCUAAAAAUUAUGCACGAAGCCCUCAGAACAGAGCAAGAACAACUAAGGGAAAGUCUUCGACAAACAGAAGCGAGUGAUCUGGAAAAGCAAGAGAAACUAAGAAUUGCUCACAUGGAUCUGAAAGAACACCAAGAAACCAUUGACAGACUCAGAGGGACUGUCUCUAAGAAGACUGAUGAAGUAUCAAAUAUGAAAAUGGAAUUAGAAAAUGCAAAUAUUAAGUUACAAGAAAAGGUUCAAGAACUUAAGACAAAUGAGCUUCAACUUGUUAAGUUAAAAGCAGAAGCCAUUGAAACCCAGAAGCAACUCAAGGAGCAGGGUUUAACUCUGAAUAACAUAGAGAUGGAGAAUUUAAAUCUGGCUCAGAAGCUUCAUGAAAACCUUGAAGAAAUGAAAUCUAUAAUAAAAGAAAGAGAUAAUCUAAAGAGAAUUGAGGAGCUACUCAAGGCAGAGAGAGACCAGCUCAAAGAAGACCUGAGGGAAAACGUGCACAAGGAGCAUCAAAACCAUGAUGAGACAGUAAACCGUGCAAAAGCGUUACUAUGUGGAAGAGAACAACCCUGUACAGAAAACCUUCGAGAAAAGUGCCUCAGGAUAAAAGAGCUCCUGAGAAGGUACUCAGAGAUGGAUGGUGACUAUGAGUGCUUGAACAGGUUCUCACUCGACUUGGAGAAGGAGACUAAGACCCAGAAAGAGCUGUCAGUCACUCUGAAAGCAAAGCUCUCACUUCCGUAUCCGCAAACAAAAGAGAUUGAGAAGCUACUUACUGUAAACCAGAGAUGUUCCAUGGAAUUCCACAGAGUCCUGAAGAAACUUAAGUACGUGUUAAGCCACAUUGCAAGGAUAAAGGAAGAGCAACAUGAUUUCAUCAAUAAAUUUGAAAUGGCUUUUAUUGAGGAAGUGGAAAAGCAGAACAAACUACAAAUUAAAAUACAGAGCUUUCAACCAGGUUAUGAUAUUCUGUCCAGAGACUUACAGGGCCUCAAGCUGAGCCAGGAUAUGGACCUCCAUAUUGAGGAAAUUCUCAAAGAUUUUUCAGAAAAUGACUUCCUCACCAUAAAAACUGAAUUCCAACAAGUCCUAAGUAAUAGGAAAGAAAUGACUCACUUAUUGGGAAAAUGGCUGAGCCCUCCUUUUGAUACAGAGAAGCUUAAAAGCGCCAUCCAAAAGGAAAACAAUAACGUGUGCCAAGUGAAUAACUUCUAUAAUAGCAAAAUACUUGCCAUGAUAAAUGGAUCCACAGAGUUUGAGGAAAAACAUGCUAUUAGAUCCAAAGAAUUGGAACACUUCCUGAAAUCACUAAAAGAAAAAACUGAACAACUAUCUACAGACUACCAGACAUUGUCUGCAGCCCAUGUGCGUCCUACUGCACAGCCUCCCACACAGGACAGUAGGAAUCUUCAUGUUGCCUCCGGAGCUGAAGAGCCAGCCUCAGAGAAAAUUCGGGAGCUAGAAAGCUCCCUACAAGAAGCUAAAGAAAUUGCCAUACAUAAAGAAGGCCAGAUUACAAAGAUGCAGAAAGAACUAGCAGUGACUAAGGAUUUAGUAGCAAAACUCCAGAGCAAAGUCCAUGAGUCAGAGGAAUGCCUUGAAAACACAAAAGUGACAGUACAAAUACUUCAGAACAAAGUUGCUUUAGGAGCUGCACCCUAUAAAGAAGAAAUUGAGGAUCUCAAAAUGAAACUGGUGAAAAUUGACCUAGAAAAGAAGGAAACCGCCAAGGAAUUUGAAAAGGAGAUUCUUUCUACAAAAGCCACUGUUGAACAUCAAAAGGAAAUGAUAAGACUGCUGAGAGAAAAUCUCAGAAGAAAUCAACAGGCCCAGGAUACCUCAAUGAUAGCAGAACGUGACUCUCGGCCUUUGAGUAAACCUUUAACCUGUGGAGGUGGCAGUGGCAUUGUCCAAAGCACAAAAGCUCUUAUUUUGAAAAGUGAAUAUCUGAGGCUGGAAAAUGAAAUGUCUAAGUUAAAGAAGCAAAAUGAGCAGCUAAUGAAGCAAAAGAAUCAACUAUUAAGUGAAAACUCUCAGCUCUCCACGGAAGUUAACACCUGGAAGGAAAGGACUCUUAAAAGAGACUCUUUCAUCGUCACAGCUCGAGAGGACUCUCCAAAGUCUCCUAACGUGACUAGGGCAGAUGCUAAAAGGAGACCAAACACACUGUCUCGGUGCAGGGAACAGAAUUACCAGGAUCCUGCACCAAAAGACUCACCAAAAUCUUGGUUUCUUGAUAACCGGCCCAAGUCUCUCCCACCACCUCCCCCAAUCCGCUAUUUUGAUAACUCCGUUUUAGGGCUGUGCCCAGAGGAACCAGCUGCAGAAGUAGAGAAUGUGGACCCUCAGGCAGAAGUUCGUCAGCCCUCAUCAGGAAAAGACGUGCCUGAGUGCAGAAUGCAGUAGAGUCCCCACUCAGCAUCCUUUGGAACAGUUCUCUUCAUGUGUUCGCCCGACAGUGAUGUCUCAGUCCAGCUUAAUUCCAGUCUAACUUCGCCAUUAUAAUUGGAAGAUGGAGGAACAAACUAAUUUACUCCAGUUAUUUAGGAUGGUGAUAGCAGUACUACUUCUUACAUUUGUGAUAUUCCCAAACGUUGAACUGUUUUAUUUAUUUUUAUAUAGUCCAAAGAAUAAAGAUCUUGCAUGAUAUGCACUUAUUUCACUAAAGUUACGCAUAUAAGAAAAUAAGACAAUUCUAGAACACAGCACGUAAGAUAAAGCUUUGUCACAAAACUUUUCUUGGGAAGAUGCAACAUAAAUCUACUCACGCCAGAUAGGGAGCCCACGACAGAGCAAAGCACAGAUAUUACCUGUGACCUCCUGGGUAACAAGGUUUUGUUCUGGCUGCCAGUCCCAGGCAUGAACCCCCUCUCGUGGAGCAGGCCUUCCCCAAAAGGCUGUUGGUCUCACCCAUGAUAGACAAGCCACUAUUGCAUAGGCAGGUGCUGCCAUGUUGGCAUUUUAGCACACGAGGUCCACAGGAAUGUUGGUGACAGUUCUCCAUCGGCAUUCUCCACGGCCCCUGAAGGCACUGGGAAAGCCAGCCAGCAGGGUAGGAGUUUCCAGUUCAGUGCAGGCUUAGUUGCUCCGUGUCCUGCAGCCAGCGCAUGCACAUAUGUCUGCAGACAGAGUCUUGCUAGUUUGGACAACAGCAGUAGCAAUUGCCUUUAUGAGUUGUGGGGCCCUGGGCCUCCCUGGCCAACAACACACAGGGAGGCAACCCAUCCCUGGCACUGGGAUUUUCAAUCUAACCUUAGAGCUUCCAGGAUGUCCUCUUGCACCCACCAGGGAAGCUUUGGGUUGUUAUUUUCCUUUCAGUUAGCCCAGCUGCUGUAGGUUAUAAGGUAGCUGGAAGUACCAUCACACUGGUUGUAUCUCCAGUGGGUUUCUGAACUUAUCCAGAGUUUAGCAUUAUGUCAUUUAUAUAACAAGACCUUUUCCAGAGAAUGUACAGGACAAGGCAACAUCCCAAACCAUCAUCCCAUAACAAAUGCUGCAAAUGAACUUACAAAAAUCACCCUGAUGAAACACUCUGAAAGUCUGUGGUCAUCUGUUAGCAGGUGUCAGGUAAGCGCAGUUCACAACUAAGAUGCUGAAGUGGAACAUCAGCAAAGUCUCGUAGAGCGUGGAAAGGUUCCGUCCACCUGAUCGUCUUCAUUUGUAUCAUUCUAUCACGGUGUCUUCUGUGAACUGCUCCUCAGGCUUUAAAGCAAUGGUUCUCAACCUUGCCAGCACUACCACCCUUUACUACAGCUCCUAAUGCUGUGGUGACCCCCAACCAUAAAAAUAUUUGGUUGCCACUUCAGAACUAGUUUUGCUGCCUCCACAGCAGUUGGGCAGAUCCAAGCACUCACUGCAGCCUCACAAGCCACACUGAGGGGCUCUCUGUCAUCACUUGUUUAAAAGUCUUCAGCGAUUCCAGCAGUUCAAGCACGGACUGGUUCCUGAUCACCCCAAUACUGAGCCAUUGUUAAUUCCCACCCCCCCAUCUGUGUUCUGGAUUGUAGACUUUCCCUUUUUCCUAUUAAAGGCUGAACCAUCAUG